AUGGAAAUCUACUUUGAGAUGAUGGUGUGCUCUGAGAUAGAGAAGAGGAUGAUAGCUACAUUCUUCUUAAAAGAUGAUGUUAUGGAUUGGUGGAAGAGCACAAGGCGGACUGUGGAUGUGUCUACUAUGAUCUGUGAUGUGCAGGAGGAAUUGGAACUUGAGUUCCUUGAUCUAGUACAGGGAGAUAUGACGGUCAGGGAGUAUGAGGCCCGUUUUGCACAGUUGUAUCGGUUUGUCAGGCAAAUGGGUGCAACUUCCUUAGCCCAGAAACUUCUACGAGGACUUAAGCAAGAGUACAAGACCAUCAUAUCAGCACUUUGUCUGUCUACCAAGGAGUUGAUACAUGAACAUCCUCAGAGACAGUUACCAGCGGGCCAAAUUAGAGUGUUCGCAGUGGGUCAGCGAGGCACAGGAGUGGAAAGAAUUGAUUGGUUGAGGCCGCAACACGCAUUGAUUGAUGGCUUUGACAUGGUGGUGUUCUUCCAUAGGCCUGGAGAACCAGUGUUUCGUUAUCGUUGCCUCAAAGCAGAUAAUGCCAUGAGAAUAGGAACUUUGGCACAUGUGGAAUCUGUUGAUCAGAAAAUACCAGAGUUACCACCUCGGAGAGUUGUAGAUUUCUGCAUAGAUGUGGUACCUGGUACGGCACCAAUGUCAAAAGCUCCUUACAGAAUGGGACAAAACAAACUUAAAGAGUUGAAGGUGCAGAUAGAUAAACUAUUGGACCAAGGGUUCAUUAGACCUAGCGUCUCACCUUGGGGUGCACCGGUGCUGUUCGUGAAAAAGAAAGAUGGUUAUCUGCGGUUAUGUGUGGACUACAUGGAACUGAAUAAGUCUCAAGAAGAACAUGUGGUACAUCUGAGAACGGUGUUGCAGACCUUAAAGGAAGCCAAAUUGUAUGCCAAACUCGAGAAGUGUGAGUUCUGGAAGGAAGAAGUCAAGUUCAUUGGUCAUGUAGUCUCAAAGGAUAGAGUAUUAGUGGACCUGUCAAAAGUGGAGGCAGUGAAGAGUUGGAGUCGCCCAAAGAACCCCACUGAGAUUCGUAGUUUCCUUGGUUUGGCAAGUUACUACCGGAGAUUUAUCGAAGAGUUUUCUAGUAUUGCAUCGUCAUUGACCAAGAAGGACGUUCAGUUUGUGCGGACAUAA